AAUCCCAGACUUUGUCAAAUCCUCACACAACGUGACAUCCUAUAGGCUGGACACUCGUGGGGCAGCGCGUGUGAAAAUGACGGAAAUAUGACAUUUUGGCGCACAGCUGAGCUCUUUCGGAGAUGAUGUUUGCACUUUGUGCAUCAGUGGAAGUUGUUGAAAACUGCGGAGUGCCAAAUGUGAUCAUCGCCUCACCUGUUGUGUUUUGAAAUUAGCUGCGGCUCGCGCGUCCCUCCUACUUCGCACCCAUGAACUUUUCGGAACGCCGCGCGCUGCCUCAUCCUUUACGCAGACAAUGAGGAUGAGCCGCCGAUCCAGGACCCUUCUGUCGCUUAGCUUGAACUUCUUCGCCCUGUUUUUCUCCAUAACCGCGUUCAUAACUACUUACUGGUGCGUCGGGACGCAGAGAGUGCCCAAGCCAAAGUGCAGCAAGCUGCGAACGCACCAGUGUAUAGACUACGGGGUGAACGAAACAGACCCCAACAAAGUGGUGUACAGCUGGGAGACAGGCGACGACAGGUUCCUGUUCCGUCAGUUCCACACCGGCAUCUGGAUCUCAUGCGAGGAAAAUAUUCACGAUGAAAGUGAGAGAUGUCGAAGUUUUAUUGAUUUAGCCCCUGCAUCAGAAAAAGGGAUGCUGUGGUUGUCACUUGUUUCUGAGAUGUUGUACAUUAUUCUGCUGGUGGUUGGCUUCAGUCUCAUGUGUUUGGAGCUAGUGCACUCCAGCAAUGUCAUUGAUGGACUCAAACUCAAUGCCUUCGCUGCCAUCUUUACAGUGCUUUCAGGUCUUCUUGGCAUGGUGGCUCAUGUCAUGUACACACAGGUUUUCCAGGUCACCGUCAGCCUUGGCCCACCAGAUUGGAGGCCCUACAACUGGGACUAUGGCUGGUCUUUCUGCAUGGCCUGGGCUUCCUUCACCUGCUGUAUGGGUGCAUCUGUCACCACCCUCAACUCCUAUACGAAGACCGUCAUUGAGUUCAGACACAAACGCAAGACCUUCGAGCAAAGCAUCAGGGAGGAGGACGCACGGGAGGCAUUCGGAUAUUUCCGGGAGCACUCUGUGCACUCCAUCUCCAAAUCUGUGGAUUAUUACUCUAGUCAGACCCUAAAGAGUGGCAGGAAAACUCCUAUACCAGGUGACUCUCUGGACUUCAGUGACAUUGCAAAUUCUUUGGGGGAAGAGCAGUGCUGAGUGAGACAGGACAGUAGGUGGCGACAUUUCUCUCAAUGUGGCAUCUCAUUGGACUGAAGCAUAGUUGUCUUUGGUAAGUGUUCACUGUGGGACCAACACCUACAAAGAUAACAGGCCGCGGUGACACAUUUUUAAUACUGCCUUAAUGAAAACCCAUCAUGAAGGUUCAAGUCAUAUAAGUUUAAAGUUGGAAAAUUGCAGCUGACAAAUGGGAAAAGUGGACAUGAAGGUGUUUUUUUUUCCUUUUGUGCAGCUUACCACGAUGUAGAUUUAAAAUAUAAUGUUAAGUGUAUCUAUACUGUUUCAAAAGAAUGAGUGUCUCUCUAAUGCUUCUAGCCUUAUUAGACAUGUUCAGUCAGAAAAUCUAACUGGGUUUUCAUUAUUGUGAAUCAAAGCCAUAAAUAUAUACUGCAAAUGAUGUGCCUGUUUACAGUAUUUAUAGUACUAUUUAUUGUAAAAUAGAUGUCAAUUAUGUUUGUACACAGAAUGAUUGUUGGUAAUAAUGUAUCAUUUUUCUUUUGAAUGUUCACCUUGGCUAAGUUUGAUGGUCUCAUAAAGCUCAAAUAAUUAUCUGCAAAACACUUUUGAUGGACUAGAAUUUUUUUUUUUAAACUGGAAAAGAAAAUUACCACAGAGAAUAAAAUUCCCAUAAACACUAGCACUAUUGGAGUGAUCACAGUCAGUACACCACAUUUCUAACAGUGUAAGUCAUUUUCAUUUGAUGAUUCUGCUUUAACUGGAGAAAAGUAGAAACUUUAUGAUGGUUCUGCAGAGUGUUUCAGGCAAGUAUGAUGAAUAUUAAAGUUCCCCA